CGGGGUUGCCAGGGAAACCGAACCGCUAGUUCCCGUCCGGUUGCUGCUGCUUAGAGGCGUUGCGUGUCGGGUCGCCCGGCUGCCUUUCGGGGGUGGUCUCGCUUCGGAUGGUUGAUUCUGGGAUAGGUUGAGGAUGCAGGGGUUUCACAGCUGUAGAGUUCCCCAGAUCCCCUUUUGCUCUGCAUUAGAGGAGAAGACAUCCUUGGGAACUAUUGCGAAAAGGAAGGAUCUGGGGCUGGGCUUAGGCCAGUCCCCUUGCCUUGCCCUUCCCACGGUUGAUAUUCUGGGCAAGAUGUACAUGUCUGGCCGGAUUGGAGUUUUCAUCUCAGCUCUCAGCAUCAUUGUCAUGUUGGGCUGCCUCUUCCUCCUGAAGACAAUAAUGGCUCUUGGGUCCGAGACAUCCAGGGUGACUGUAGGAGAGCAUGAGUCUGGCGGUGAAUGUCCGGCUGACCCCCUUCCGUGUGAAGAGCUGUGUGAUGGGGACACAUCCUGUCCCCAGGGACAUAAGUGCUGCAGCACCGGCUGUGGCCAUGCCUGCUUCGGAGACAUUAAGGGAGGGUGGGGCGGUGACUGUCCAAAAGUCUUAGUGGGCCUGUGCAUUGUCAACUGCAUGAUCGAUGAGAACUGCCAACCGGGGGAAAAGUGCUGCAAGUCAGGCUGUGGCCGCUUCUGUGUCCCAUCCAGUCCCAUCACCCCAGCGGGCCCCGAACCCCACCUGGACCAUUAGGUCUGACUCUGAAUUAGAGGCCCCGGUGCCCUUGUCGAUCUGAUGUGUCCUGAGCAUCGAGGGGGCUUGUCCUGGCAGCCAGGAGAGGCUAUUGUCCUGGGGCUUGUGACACCCCUGGGCACUCUCAUUGCCCUCGGCACUGUUUCUGCUCCGACAGCUGCCUUGACUGUGGGAAACCCGACCCUGGGCCUGGGCAGUGGGUGUGUGGCGCUUCUUUUCCCCAGUAAAGGCUGGUGCUGAC